CUUCUUUUCUUUUUUUGAAUAAACAUAUUGUUCUUUUUGGUUAGUGAUAAACAACAAAAUGGCAAUGUGCAAAUCAAUUAAACCAAUGGCUCAGAUGUUGCUAUUACUACUAGCGAUUCAUAUGCAUAUUCUAACCGUUGGUUCAACCACCGAGACCUCUGCCUCAUUCGCUAAACAUAGUUCCGUCACCGUAAAUAAACCGUCUUCUAAGAUCGAUUUUAUAGUUUGGCGGCGAGAGCUAAGAGGUGGAGGAGGAGGAGGAGGAGGAGGUCGUGGUGGUGGAGGCGGUGGAAGGAGUGGUACCGGCGGUACAAGCAGCGGUAACUGCCUCAAGCACUAUGGUCUGUCCAAAAGCCUAUUAUUCAUCGGUAUAUUAAGCUAUUUGCUUGGUGUAUGGUAGAAAGUUUUAAAAGGUCAUUUAACUUUUUAAGAAAAACUAAAUAAUGUAUAAAGAUGUUGAUUAUGUGGUUUGGUGACACUGAUGCUUGAUUUGUAAUACUCUU